AUGGAUCACAGGAUUCGCGAGACACUGGUAGAAAUGAACAGAAUACCGGAGCGCAAGAAACAAAAAUUCAAAACAGAAUCAAUUCAAAGGUCGCAUGCUAAACUGUCCCAUAACUUGAAAUCCAAGCUGAAAUUAAGGAAAUUUAAUAAUAAAGCCAAGAAAUACGUUCCAAAAAUUAAAGUGACACCAUCAUGUGUACGGGGAUUUUUUCAUGAAGUUUUUCCUUUUGUGGAUAUCAUGAGGAAUUACAGCCCAAGAAAGUCAUUACUGAAAGACUUUGUCGCUGGAAUCACUGUUGGAAUCAUUCAUAUACCACAAGGAAUGGCCUAUGGUUUCCUUAGUAACCUACCACCAGUUUACGGUUUAUACACUUCAUUCUUUCCAGUCAUCAUGUAUUUCUUCUUUGGAUCAUCAAAACAUAUAUCCAUGGGGACAUUUGCAGUGACCAGUUUAAUGGUUGGAGCUCUGCUUCUAGGAAUAUUCAGAUUGGGAUAUUUAGCAUCUUUCCUGUCGGAUCCUUUGAUUAGUGGCUUUACAUGCGGUGCUGCAGUUCACGUAUUCUCUAGUCAGGUGUCACAUUUGUUUGGGGUACCUGUACCAAAUUACCAUGGAGCAUUCAAGCUGAUUUAUUAUUAUAGAGAUUUCUUCAAGAACCUGCACUUGACAAAUCCAGUCACUUCGACAGCCUCAGUGACAUGCACAUUUGUCCUGAUUCUGAUCAAAGAAGGGAUCAAUAAUAACCCCACGUGUGAACCUGACUUGCUUGUACCAAUACCCGUAGAGCUUAUCGUGGUUGUUGCAUCUACUGUAAUUUCUCAUUAUACAAAGAUCCACGAUGAAUUUAAGGUAGAAGUGGUUGGACACAUUCCUGUUGGGCUGCCUCCGAUGGAAGUCACACAUCUUGGAUACAUAUGGGAUGUAAUAGGCGAUUCUUUCGCUAUUGCUUGUAUAAGCUUUGCCAUUUCAUAUUCCAUGGCCAAGAUACUCGCUGAGAGGAAUGACUACAAAAUAAAUCCAAAUCAGGAAUUGGUAGCUAGUGGCGUCUGUAACGUCUUUGGAUCCAUGUGUUCAUCAUUUUGUUCUGCUGCAUCAUUGUCAAGGAGUUUAGUGCAGGAAAAUGCCGGGGGACGUACACAAAUUGUUGGAUUAUUUUCCUGUUCUUUAGUCUUAAUAGUUUUAUUGUAUCUUGGACCAAUGUUUGAGUCCCUUCCAACUUGUAUAUUGGCUUGUGUUAUUAUAGUAACGCUAAAAGGGAUAUUCAAACAGUUUUACGAUAUGGUUAUACUAUGGAGAUUAUGUAAAAGAGACUUCACUGUUUGGUUCGUGACAUUUCUUGCAACAGUUAUCUUGGAUGUUGGCCUUGGAUUAAUGGUUGGCAUUGCAUUUGCCUUCUUUUUCGUUCUGAGAAAUUCAUUAAGACCACAUAUGUGUGUGUUGGGAAACGUUCCAGGGACAUCGGUUUAUAGAGAUAUUGCUACUAAUAGAACGGUAACAGAAGUUCCAGGAAUUAAAAUUUUUAGAUUCGAAUCAAACCUCUAUUUUGCAAACGCCGAUCAGUUCAGGGAUAGAUUAUACGAUAAGACGAAGAUAAAUCCGAGAAAACUAAAAUCAAAGAAACAGAAGACUUUGUAUAAAGCAUUACUGCAGAGAAAAAGGGAAUUGGAACUUGCGGAAAUAGACGCUAAAGCUGAAAAGAAAAGAACAAAGAAAGAACUUGAAAAGCAAAAAAGUUCUAUUGAGGAAGAGGUGAAUAAAGAAAUCCCCGAAGAAUGGACAGAGGAACAUGACCAACUACUAGCCAAAGAGAAAAAGGAACUGAAAAAGAUUUUCCUUAGAGCUUGGAUACCACCAAUACACACUCUUAUCAUAGAUUGUUCUGUAGUUAGCUAUUUAGAUACAGUGGCCGUCAAAGUUUUAACGCAGAUAUUUGCAGAUUUUAAAGAAAUUGGAAUUAAAGUAUUCCUUGCUGGAUGUAGAGAGGACGUAAGAGACUUGUUAAAAAGAACGGAAUUUUACCGCUCUGUAGAUUAUAAUCCUAUUUAUUACACAGUACACGAAGCCGUGAUCAUUGCAAACGAACUUAAUACUAUUAAUUUGUUUCAGAGAGAACCAGGUCGUGUUGACAUGCACUCUAUAGAAACAGAAACCGACAUUGAUUUAUCCUUAGCAACUACAUCUGGCAAUACAUAUUCAUCUGCAAAUGAACCACAAGGAGCAGAAUCAAAAAUUAAACAAAUUCAGGUAUAAGUUUGCUCAGCAAUGACCACGAAAGCAGCUGAUAUGUCUAUGCAACAAGAUAGUCCCUACAACGAAAGUCUGUCUCAUAGUAAUAUACGUAUUGUGGAUGUUCGUGUACAUUUACUUGAAUUUGUAUGUAAUAUGGUCCAAUGUAUAUGCACUGCAGUAAAUCAAAUUCAGAUAAGUGGUUGAUUCUAUAUCAAUUUAUAUGAAACUGGUGUCUAUUUUACAGCAUAAAUCUAUUAUGCAAAAUUCUGUAGAAGUAUUUAUGAUGUAAAUAAACUUUUAACUUACGACAUGUAUUUAAGGUUUAUGACCCCUUCUGUGGCCUGUGAAUUAUGAACUUUUCAAAUUGCAAUAGCAUCAAAACAGCAAAUAUAAUGAAUAAUAAAGAUGGGUCAUUUUGUACAUAUAUUGAGGGGAAACUUCGUGCAAAGCAUAAUUAUUUAUAGUUUCAUUGCAUCUAAUAGAAAAAGGGAAUUUGAUGAAAAUAAAAUCAAGAAUUUUGUAGAAAAUCUACAGACUCUAAUACAGAUUUUUGUUAUAAAAUUUGAAACAUAGUUUACUCACUUGUUUUUCUAUGAUCAGCUAGCGUUUAUUGUUUACAAAAAGUCCUAAACAACCUUUAAAUUCAAAAACACCUCGUGCUGAGUCACUAAAGUCGAGCGUACCCUAGAAGGUGUACUUGAAUUGAUCCAUAUUUUUAUUUAUUUUAACCAAUAUCUAAAUAUAUAAACUUGUUUUAAAGAAAUCAUUGCUAGCACUGCAUGCGAUAAUCCUCUAUCUAUCAAGUACCGAAUUGCCAAAUAUAAGAGUACAAGGGGGAAAGACUGUGGAUUUUCUAUAAAAUUUCCAUAUGUUUAGCAUUGAAUCAACACAAGGGUACAUAAACCUUAACAGAUGCAAUGUAUAUAGAUUUUUAUCAUUAUACACAUAAAUAUAUAUUUUCAAAUUGAUAUCAAAUUAUUUUACACGUCUUAAAAUUAAA